AGGCUUACACCACCAACAUCCCUGAAGAUCAGGUUCAGCUCUUGGGCGUGGCGUCCCGAUUUGCCUCAGCUGAUGAGGUCAGUACAUGGGAAAUCACUCAAGUUGACACGCUCGCAGCUUUGAUGGACACAGCAAAUGGAGAGUUGGAUCCAAGCUUGGCCAGAGCUAUUAUCUCUAAGUAUCUGAGCGUAAAUGGCAAUGAACUUGGCAGCACAGAGCUUAAUGCCAUCGGAGGACAAAACCUGUGCUCUUUGGAUAUUGAGGUUCUUAGAAACAUUUCCAGCCAGAACAUAAGGGACGCAGAAGGGUUGGAUGUGUCCAACUGCACCUCAGAAAAACAAAGAGCCCUUUUCAACACUGCCAGACAAGCGUUCAUAACCUCGAGGAAUUCAGACUCUGUUUCAGUGUUCCAGCUCUUACAGCCAUACCUGGGGGGUGCACCUUCUGAGUAUAUCCAAAGUUUGUCCGGCUCUAACGUCAAUAUGGACCUUCGGACCUUUGUUAACCUGGAUGAGGAGGUUGUACAGAGUCUGACUGUUGAGCAAGUUAAAGGACUGGUUGGUGACAACCUGGCAGAUCUGAAGAGCUUUGAAAACAAUCCAGUAGUAAGAAGCUGGAUCACAAAUCAAUUACAGUCAGACCUGGACAAGCUGGGAAUAAACCUUGUGGGAGGUAGAGCGGACCCAACAACCAACUCCCAAACCACCAAGGCUACUACACAGUCUGUCACAAAAGAUGGCCUAAAUGUCCAAACCACAACAACUACCACAGCUACCACAACACCUACCACAACUACCACAGCUGCUGGAGUCCGGAUGCAAGGAGACGUUGCUUGCUUCACCUUCCUGGUUUUCCUGGGACUGCUCAUCUCUUCCCAGCAGAUCUGAGGGAACGCAUGGCUGCUCACUAU